AUGUUCUACUCUGGAGGUCUUCAGGCCGGAAUCUCCCUUGCUGUCACGGAGUCGAAAGCUGUGGUCUGCUUCGUUCGAGAUGACGAAGAGGCUAGUAGUGUAUGGGAGGAUGAAUACUUCAAGGAUGACGAGCAAUUUGCACGAUUACUCGAGACCAGAUCCGUUUUGCUACGACUCACGAAGGGCAGCGAUGAAGCCGGAUUCUUGACGUCGUUUUGUCCAAUUGUGCGGUUUCCCGCAGUUGUUGUGAUCAAGAAUGGCAUGUUGCGGGAAUACCUUGUGCCUGAAAUAUCCAAGGACGACUUUCGCAGUCGGCUAAGGGCUGCUCUUGAUGAUACUCAAUCUACGACGCAGAAUGUUCCUCAAAAUACUUUGAGUCCCUCUGCAGCGUUGUCCUCUUCGCCUGCGCCUGCGCCUGGUCCUGGUCCUGCUUCUGCUCUUGCACCAACAGCGACAGCUGAACCGGCGCCCACAACCACAUCUGCGCUCUCAGACCCAGAGAAGGGUCGGCCAGAAGCUUCCGGAACAGGACAACCGAAGAAUCACCAGCAAGAGCAUGAUCCAAUCCCUGAACAAACCAAAGAGGCGCCUACGAAGACAGCUGGCUCUGAUCGUGCGCCACAAUAUACGCGGAAAAACCAACAGUCGAAGAGAGAGCAACAAGUUCGGCAAUACGUCGCUAAUAUCCAGAAGCAAAGUACUGUGGAACCUAGAAAGGACACAUUAUCGCCUUCCGCCGCCGAUCCUGGAUCGCGUGCUGGUCCUUCAAGAGAAGCGCCGACACCGCGCCAACCAUCACCUCCCAAGCAGUAUCGUUUACAAGUCCGCUUGUUCGACGGAAGCUCAGUGCGAAAUAGCUUUGCGCCAACACAGACUAUACGCGGGGAUGUACGCCCGUGGCUUGACGGUCUACUGCAGGAUGAGAAACGCCCAUAUAAUCUUAAGCAUAUCUUGACACCCUUGCCCAGCCGAACGCUCACUAUCGCCGACGAAGAACGUACCCUUGAAGAUCUUGGACUUGGAUCCACAGCGAACCUUGUGAUGAUCCCCAUCAACUCGUAUACAGAGGCAUAUAACUCGUCAGGGUCUAGCUUGCCCGUGCGCGCUGCAUAUUCCGCGUAUGGCUUGCUCUCCUCGGCAGUUGGUACUGCGACGGGCCUAGUGGGAUCUUUCAUCGGCUACAACCCGACUUCUUCAGACUCUUCCGGGUCUGCUCCAACCGCCAGUUCGUCUUCUGGAAACGGAGCGCGGAGUCCACAGCCUGCUGCGUCCAGUGGCCCUAGGAUUCGGACAUUGAGAGAUCAACGCGAAGAGCAGAAUGACAGUCAACUGUACAAUGGGAAUCAGCUGAAUUUUGAGCCUCGGAGAGAUACAGAGGGCAAUAAAUUGGAAUGA